CUCUGGUCAUUGAGUCACUUCGUCGAAAAUACCGGUCAAUGUCAUUGGUUUAGCUUGACUGAUCUCCGUAUCUAACCUGAACCUGCAAUUUGAUAUCCGAACCAUGGGUCGUGGUCGACCAUCUCCCGUUUCUCAAACGCCAGUUGCAGCACUUCCCGUAGUCUCCUUCGAAAAGGUUGAAGACGAUGUAACCGCGCCGCCCUCUGGGGUUCAUGAACAACAGGCUCGCUCUUACGGAUAUAACGACUUCUCAGAAUUCCAGCGGCCUGAAUACUACAUACGGCAUAUCGAGCCUUUGGAAAUUGAUUUGGCAAGACAAGUCGAAUACGACAUGGACGAACAAGAUAAGGAAUGGUUGGAUGCAUUGAAUGCAGAAAGAAGGAAGGAGCAGCUCGAUAAGAUUUCUUAUGAAACCUUCGAAAUUGUCAUGGAUCGUUUGGAGAAGGAGUGGUUUGAUUUGACGAAGAACAUACCCAAGCCUGACUUUGCUAUGCCUUCCGAAGACUCGACUUGCGCAAUUUGCGACGAUUCGGAAGGAGAAAACGCUAACGCAAUUGUUUUCUGCGAUGGUUGCAACCUUGCUGUUCACCAAGAUUGUUAUGGAGUACCGUACAUUCCAGAGGGCCAGUGGCUUUGUCGCAAGUGCACCGUUUCACCUGAAAACCCUCCAUCGUGCGUUUUAUGCCCUAACGAAGGCGGUGCCUUCAAACAGACCGUGACAGGCGAAUGGUGCCACCUCUUGUGUGCUAUCUGGAUUCCUGAGACUCGCGUUGCAAAUGAUGUUUUUAUGGAGCCAGUGACGGGAGUGGACAGAAUAUCCAAACAGCGAUGGAAACUAAAAUGUAGCAUAUGUGAAAUUCGUGAAGGCGCUUGCAUACAAUGUGCCAAGACAUCGUGUUUUCUCGCUUUUCACCCUACCUGUGCCAGAAAGGAGAAGCUCCUACUACCAAUGAAGAGUGCGCAAGGUGGCGAGCCUGGGACAUUGACUUGUUACUGCGAACGUCAUCUACCCAAAGAACAGCAAGAUGUUCGCCAGAAUGCUCUCGCUGCUGAAGAGUCCUCAGAUAAAAUGGAGUUUACUUCAAAGUUGUCGAAGUCGGCGCGAGCAUACGCGAAAUCAUACAAACCUGGCCCUCCUCUGAUCCCUGCCAUCAUUGUGGACCGUAUAUCACAAUACAUAACAAAAAUCGUCCUUCGGAAGAAGCUAGACUUUCUACACCUGAUGUGUAGGUACUGGAGCUUGAAGCGCGAGGCACGUAGGGGCGCACCGCUACUCAAACGAUUGCACCUAGAGCCCUGGACAGCUACGAAUGGUAGUCAGAUGCAGAGCGAGGAGCAGAGAGCCAUAAAACUUGAUCUUCUUCAACGACUGCGGCAAAAUUUGGAGAAAGCGAAAAGCAUGGUGGAACUCACACGCAAGAGAGAAAUCAAGAAAAGACAGCAGGCAGAAGUAAUACAGGAUGUUCUCUCGGAAUGUCUUUUCACUCACGAACCGCCGUUGCGCCUCGCGUUCGAACAUAUCUUACAGAUGGACCGACACGAUUAUUUUAAGAACCCGGUCAACAAAACAGAGGUCCCUGAUUAUUUUGAGGUUGUCAAGGACCCCAUGUGUUGGUCUACCAUUGACGGAAAGCUUGAUAAACACCAAUAUUGGCACUUGGAUGAGUUCAAGGACGACAUCAACCUGGUCAUUGACAACGCCCUCUUGUACAACAAACCCGGCUCGUCGUAUUAUAAAACGGCCUUGCGAAUCAAGACAGCCGUACAGGCUCACUUUACGAAACUCGAAGGCAUAACGUUUGCACACCCCCAGGCCGCCCCGGAUGGUGCAAUCGUCCCAGACUCUGAUUCCGGCAUUACACCACCUUCUUUACCGGCAAUCGGUAAUUUUGAGCCUCCGUUAGAUGUCCUCGGACUUCUUGAAUCCUCUGAAGCGAUGGAAAACGAUCUCAGCGUUCUUCUCACUGCUGAUCCCGUCACUUCUCUCUUCAGAUUUGAGCUGCCGUCGGACAAACCCCCACCUCCUAUUCCCCCUCCGCCGCCGCCACCUAAAGCACGUAAAGGAAAGAAACAGAUCAGAGCAGAACGCGAUGCCUACAAUUUGAAACGAAGAGAGCAGCGGGCAGCUGCAAAGGCGACUGCCGCUCAGAGUGUAGCUGACGGAAGAUCUUCCGCCGCUGAAGGAGGGAUUAUCAUGACCAGACGUGCUGUCGCGGCAGAGGCAGAAGCAAUCUCGGCUGCCUCUGAGCUUGCUGCCAAUGAUGUGUCAUCGUCUAGUUCCAUCAGCAUGGGUCUCAGUAGAGUAUCGGGAAGCAGGCGCACACCCUCGUCAUCCUUACCUGUUCAACCGGAAUUGUUGGAUGACGUUGACAAUAAAGGCUCCUUCAGGUUCUUCAACGCCGGAUGGAUUUUGCCACCCGACCAAAGGAGAGGUGGACGUGCGCCUCCCACGGAACGGCCCCCUCUGCCUCCUCCCAGGAAACGAGCCAGGGCUGAGCCUGGCGCUGGUGACAGGGCCACCUCAAGUCUCUCGGUGUAUAGCACAGCGGAAGCGGAAAACCAGACCUUACACCACGACCAUAUUCCCUUCUACACCGACAGCAGCACGCAAGGUCAACCGGCCCCUGCCACAGAAGCUGCAACGCCAUGGGAAACUGGCUCAUCAGCAGUUCAGGCUGAACGACCAGAAAGUGAAGAUCAGUCUCAAUUGGAACUCACUGGUGUGUUGGUGGCACCAGAUACGAUGGACGUAGACAUUUCCCGAGAACCACCUGUGGGUCCGAUUUCGACCUUUGGACCCCCAAUCUCUACGUCAACUUCUGCAUCUACCAGUACUCUUCCUGGAAGAGUCACUCGACUUCCAAAUGGCACACUCCUCGUAGAGUCACUCGACACUCCUGCUAUAAGGAAGCAGAAAUACUUCCAGCGGAAGUCUGAGAGAGCCAAGCUCCAACAAGCUAGUCCAGCCAAGACGUCUAAUGAUCAACUUUCCGAUGAAACCGAAAAGAAGAACGAUGGAGCAGAUGCGGAGAUCGGUCUACCAAGUGAAGUGGGUAGCGACACCAAGAGAAUGGCGUCGCAAGAGAAGCGAAAGCCUUCCAAAGGCAAAACUCGCGCCGGAAAGGCUUCAAAAUCGUCAACCACCGAACCCGGAAUGAUCGAACUGAAUGCUGGUGAAACCUUACCAGGAGGAACUCUUGUAUGGGCGAAAAGCGGAACUUACCCGUGGUGGCCUGCAGUCAUAUGGGAGGAUGACGAUCCGGGAGUCCCGGGCAACAUCAAGGUGAUGAAGCAAGCGGGGCAGAGAAAGUCCAAGGGAAAGGUAGUCCAUGUCGUACAGUUCUUCGACAAAGGACAUUCAUGGCAAGCCUUGACACUCGAAAAGUUGCGAAUGUUAGGCGAAGAUAAGGAGCUUGACGAGGAUCUUCUCGCAGCAAGCUCCCGUCGACAGCGUUGGAAGAACCACAGCUCAAGAGCAGAGUGCCGUGACGCAUAUAGGAAAGCGACGUUUGAGAUGGAAACGGAUGGUGGGGAGGGUGAAGAAGUUGGAGAUGACGAUGAGCAAGGUGAAGGGAAAGCUCUCGACGGGGAAUACGCCGGAGGUGCGUUCCUCGGUGGUGAUACCAGUGAGGCAGUAUCUCAAGCUGUGAAUGGGUGACUUGAAAGUAAAGAUUGCUUGCUAUAGUUAGCU